AUGUCACCUCUGGAAUGUUCUGAGUGUUUUGGUGACCAGCGUAUGCAUAGGACCUACACCUGGCACCUCACAUUGCACUCGAGGCCAAAUUUUACAAGAAAAAGAGAUACCAGAUCUGAAAUCCUAGAAAUUCCAAUCAAUGUGGUUCUACCUCAGAGGGGUACCACUGAGCCCUUCCUGAGGCUCCACAACCUCUACAGCACUCCGCGCUGUUCCAGGCAGGCCACUUUGCCCCGAAUGAGCCGCAGGGUAGCCAGCCAGCACUCCUACCCGCUCAGUCGCUUCUCCUCCGUGCCCUUCGACCCCAUGGAGCAUCCCACCUCCCAGGCCGACCUGGAGCUGGACUACAACCCUCCCCGGGUGCAGCUCAGCGAUGAGAUGUUUGUCUUCCAGGGCGGGCGGUGGGUGAAUGAGAACUGCCGCCUGCAGUCCCCUUACUUUUCUCCCUCCUCCUCCUUCCACCACAAGAUGCACCACAAGCGUCUGGCCAGAGAGUACCUGUUGCAGGAAGAGAACAAGUCCCUGCGCGAUGAGAACAGGGCCCUGAGGGAUGAGAACAAGGCUCUGCGCAAGGAGAACAAGAUCUUGCAGGUGUUUUGGGAGGAGCACAAGGUCACUUUAGGCCACGAGGAGAGCCAGACCUCUUCACCAUUGCUGCACAAAGACACGGCGUCCCAGGAGGUGGUGAAGAAGGACAACACGACCUUGCCUGUCCAGCGCAGCAAGGAGAACACCCUUCAACUCAUCCGGGAGGAGAACCGAGCCCUCCAGCACCUGCUGGAGCAGAGGCAGGCCUACUGGGCCCAGGCAGAGGACAAUGCAACUUCUGCCGAGGAGAGAAAGCCCAUCUCCUUACCCCAAGAGGAGUCCCACAGCCCCGGACUACUGCCAGAUCAGGGCCCGGGCCUCUCCUCCCCCUUUGAGGAACCCAAAGGGCCCUCCACCCCACAGGAGGACUCCAAGACCUUGCAUGCCCUGAGGGAGAUGGUUAACAACCUGUCUGGGGUGUCUGGGGAGGAAGAGGGCAAGGCAGGCCUCAACCUGGCCGACAGUGGGCAGCCCCUGCAGCUGCUCAGAGAGAUGAACCAAGCUCUGCAGGCCCUGCAAGAGGAGAACCUGCUGCUGCAGGAAGAGAACAGGGCCCUGCACGUGCUGCGGGAGGAGCAUCGUGUCUCCCGGGAGGAGAACAAGGCCCUGUGGGAGAACAACAAGUUGAAGCUGCAGCAGCGGCUGGUCAUCGACACAGUGACUGAGGUCACAGCCCGUAUGGAGAUGCUCAUUGAGGAGCUGUAUGCCUUCAUGCCGGCCAAGAACAAGGAGCCCAAGAAGCCCAGCAGGGUCUGA